ACGAAGAAACGUGGAAACCCAAAAAUAAUACUCCUUUUAAACGUAAUCAGAUACAUAUUGAAUCUUCAGAGGAAAAAAACGAAAACAAAAAUAUUAAAAAAAAACAAAAAAAACAAAAAAAACCCACGCUUAAUGUUGAUAUCACCUUCCACCCCAACAAACCAGCGCCACUCCAUAUCAGUCCAAAACUUUUGAAAAGAAAAUUAUAUACACAAGACCUGUGUUAAUACAAAUACAUUGAUCACACCUCUCUCUCUCUCUCUCUUUCUCGGCAAAUGAAACGUGUUUGAACAAUCCACGGUGGUUAUUUCUCAGAUCACUCUACGUCGCCGUCAUGUACGUUAGCAGAAGAAUCUCCGACGUCGAUCGUCGUCUUCUCCUCCUCCUCCUCAUUAUACCUUCUCUCUCCCUCAUCCUCCUAACCUCUUUCUCAUCUCUCUCCCUUGAUCCUUUCCCUACUCUAACCCCUCUUCGUAACCUAAUCUACACUCAUUCCCUAACCGUCACGACUGAAACCUCCGAUUCCAACCAUGAAGACGUAAACCAACGGCGGAGGAGGAAGAAGGAGGAGUUGAUGAAUUCGAAGAUCGCUGUGUGUUUGGUGGGAGGAGCGAGGCGGUUCGAGCUAACCGGACCGUCGAUUAUGGAGAAGAUCUUGAAGGUUUAUCAUAAUGCUGAUUUGUUUCUUAAUAGCCCUCUCGAUAAAAACUCGUUUAAGCUACGGUUCCUUAAGGACGCACCGAGACUCGCUUGGGUUCGUAUCUUUGAGCCUCAGCCCAUCAACGAAACUGAGCCUAUGGUUCGAGUCCUUACAGCCGAUGGUUCCCCCAAUGGCAUUAAGGGCUUGUUACAAUACUUCAACCUCGUAGAAGGUUGCAUCACCAUGAUUAAGGCAUACCAAAACGAGAAUAACUUUACAUACGACUGGAUAGUCCGGACGCGUGUAGACGGUUACUGGGCCGACCCGUUGGAGCCAGAAUAUUUCAUACCAGGUCAGUACCUUGUCCCACCUGGAUCCUCCUACGGUGGCCUCAACGACCGCUUCGGUGUCGGCGAUCUUAAAACCUCAACGGUGGCUCUCUCUCGCCUCUCCCUAGUUCCGGACCUCGACUCAGCCGGAUUAACUCAUCUAAACUCCGAGUCCGCCUUCAAGGCUCAGCUCACAACCCACCGUGUCCCUUACGUCACUAAACCUCUCCCUUUCUGCAUCAUGACCGACCGGACCUACGAUUUCCCUCCAUCUAGCUAUGGAGUUCCCGUGACAGCUCUUUCCAGCCACGGACCUUUAAAUGGUGCCAAGUGCCGUCCUUGUACGGUGGCUUGCAAAGGCUCAUGCGUGGCGGAAGUGAUGGGGAAACUGAAGAGAGAGUGGAGCUGGACGGAGUGGGAAAACGAGGCAGUGAAGCUGUGCGACGCACACGGGGAAUGGGAAGAAGGUUGGGAGAAGAUUUUCGACGAGACCGCCGGAGAAAAACUCGCACGUGCGAGGAAACGAGUCGGAGGUUUGGAUUCGAGGAGAUGUGUGGAAGAGUUUGAAAAGAUGAGAGGAUUGACCGUUAAAUGGGAAGCUCCCGCCUCCGAACAGAUUUGUACUUUGGGCUUACGGCCUAAUUAGAACAUAUCGGGCUUUAGGUCCAACUUACUUCGCUAACAAAUUUUCCCCUCUUGUAGUGUUUUUUGCUUUGAACAAAAAUUUCAGGUUACAUUAAAAAAAAAUAUAUACAAACUAGACGAGUGCAGUUCAAUUA